CUCUCCUUCAGGGCCAGCAGUGUCACAGCUUUACAUCUCUCUGACACAAGUCUCGUGCUUCCCUCUUUCACUUUUAAGGGCAGUCGUGAUUACAGUGGGCCUUACCAGGAUGAUUCAUGAUACCCUGCCCACCUUAAGAGGGUCAGCUGAUCUGCCAUCUCCACCCACCUUCUACCUUAGUUCCUCCUCGUCAUGGAGCCUAACAGGUGAGCCCCAAGGCCGGAGCUCUGAGUCAGCCUCCAGCUGACGACUGACUGCUGUCACCACCAGCCUGCGUCCAGGCCUCUCACUGUGCCACCUCUCAGCAGGGAGGCAGGAUGAAGGAAGGCGUGUCCACUUCCAACAAUAGCACCACCAGCAUCUCCCAGGCCCGGCGAGCUGUGGAGCAGCUGAAGAUGGAGGCCUGCAUGGACCGGGUGAAGGUCUCCCAGGCAGCCGCUGACCUCCUGGCCUACUGCGAAGCGCACGUGCGGGAAGACCCUCUCAUCAUCCCGGUGCCUGCGUCAGAGAACCCCUUCCGGGAGAAGAAGUUCUUCUGCACCAUCCUCUAACCCCAGUGGUGAACGCCCCUCCUCCGUCCUCCUCUGUCCACCGAAGCCGUAGGGACCACGCAUGCUCUCAGCCUUGGGGCGCCCCCGCCCCGCCCCCCCCU